CCUCGUCAUUAGAAUCCACAUCCCAACGUCGCAGAACAGCCGUUCGAGUUUCGUUCCGGCACCAGCCGAAGUUUUUUCAGUCUAGUGCGUCGAAGGAACCUAUGCUGCUCUUUCGCACUCGCUCGAAGGUGAAGGUCGGCCAGCUUCACCGCUACAGAGUCACAUAUGUGCCGGCCGCUGAGAACGUCUUCCCGCCUCCCAAGUCGUUGUAUCUGCGGGUGCGCAACACCGAGGCCUACCCUCUCCGCGCAGCUUAUCUGAACGGCCCGUUUAUUCUUUACGUCGAUGUGAAGCCUUCCAACUUUGAUCCGUACAAGACCACGACAAGCGUAUACGAUGAGCCGGCUUUCGAACCCCAGGUCAAGGCCUCGCAAUCCUUCUAUGCCGAGCUCAAGAUGGAUCCAAAACGAACCGAACACUCGUGGACGAUCGAUGUCGUCAGUCAGCUCAUCUUUUCCGCCUCGGCCACCGUCUCUUUCGAACUCUCGAUCGGACGUGAGAAGGAAGCGGUGCACCUCGACUCUGAGCCGGGUUUGUUCUCAAAGGCUCUUGUUGUGGCCCAUCAGGAUACGGCCGCGAUCUGGAGUUCACCCAGACCUGAGCUUGGCAAGGACGUGCAUCUUGUGGUUAUCAGUCAUGGUCUUCACUCUAACACCGGGGCCGACAUGCUAUUUGCCAAAGAGCAGAUCGAAAAGGCCGCUGCCGCUGCCGGCGAGAACGUGAUUGUUAGAGGGUAUUUCGACAACGUAUGCAGGACAGAAAGAGGAGUGAAGUAUCUGGGUAAGAGGAUGGCAAAGCACAUUGCGACCACGCUGCGGGACCCUCAGAUCAAGAAGAUCUCGUUUGUUGGCCACUCUCUCGGAGGCCUCGUCAUGACCUAUGCAAUUGCCUACAUCCAUGCCCACUAUCCAGAUUUUUUCGAAGAGAUCGAGCCUAUCAACUUCAUAGCCUUGGCCACACCAUUUCUGGGAAUCUCAAAUGAAAAUCCGCUGUAUGUGAAGUUUGCUCUGGACUUUGGGUUUGUCGGUAAAUCCGGCCAGGAUCUGGGCCUUACUUGGAAGCCAGCUACACCUUUCACCCCCUCUUCGGCGGUUGCUUCAAAGCCGCUCCUAAGGAUUUUACCCACUGGCCCUGCUGCGGAGAUCUUACGUCGAUUUAAACGACGGACUGUGUAUGCGAACGCAGUGAACGAUGGAAUUGUACCCCUGCGAACCUCUUCGUUAUUAUAUCUCGACUGGCGAGCGCUCUCCAAGGCAGAGAAGGCCCGGCACGGUGAGCGGGUGGGCACGAGCAACGGCUCGCCUGGAGAGGAUUCACAUAUGGAUCUAGCUCAUCAUCAUCAUCAUCGCCAGGAUUCAAAACCCGGUGUGGGUGAAGCAGAAGAUUCGGCAGGCGAAGAGAGCUUUGACGAUGCGGAAAAGCGGGCAGAUGGACCGGGGAAAAUGAAUGUGCCGAAUACUUCAACACAGCAGAAGAACGCAAACAGCAAUCCUCUGGCGCCUUUGCAGUAUGCAUUUUCGUUCCUUCGGCCACAUGCUACGUCUGUGCUUGAAUCUGCGACGUCUAUAAUCAACCCGCCGCUACCUCCCCGAGAUUUCAUCUUGAACGUGGAGUCGAGACCCAAGACAAUUUUCCAUGAUCGGAUAUACUAUCCCGAGGAUCUUCCGCAAAAGCCACAGAGCAAAUCAAAGCCAAUACUACCUGAGAAGGCACGGGUGGAGGAAAAGAUAGCUCGCGCGUGGCACGAUCGCAUGUCGUGGAGGAAAGUGUUGGUGCAGCUGGAGCCAGAUGCGCAUAACAAUAUUAUUGUGCGUCGGACGUUUGCCAAUGCUUAUGGAUGGCCAGUCAUAGAACAUCUGGUGGAACACCAUUUCAGGGAUCCUUACGAUCCAGAGAUUGCCAACAAUAAGGAAUCGGAUGCGAAAGAUCAUGCUGAUGCCGGGAAGAUCGCGGGCGGUGAAGAUCAGACAAAGAAGUUUGCUUCUCUGCAAGAACAUGAGUCUUUUGGGACAAUGAACAGCGUGUCUUGGGAUGAAUCAGCUUUUCAGGUCACCGAUAGCGAGGACGACGAUGGAGAGCAUAGCGGAGAAAACGCGAUUGUGAGAAGGGCGUCGGUUUCACGGGAAGAAGUCAUGUCGGGAAGUUAUUUGCAGAAUAUAGUUGGAUCAGGGAGUGAGAUGAUGAAUUAUAUCAGUGAGUGGACGCCGAUGAAGUUGUACAGUGAUAUGGUUGGCUCUCCGGUGUCUUCAGAAAAGAGUGGCGGUCAUCGGAAGAGUGAUUAG